AUGAUCUGUGCUUUGCUGCCUUUGAAAAGAAACAAAAUUCAGCAAAUUGAAAUUUCAAAAAUACUUUUAAAACAAAAACUCGACCGAAUUAGGGGAUUUAAACGCCGGAUCGCGCGUGUCUUCUGUCGUGAACCAGCAGCAGCAGCAGCAGAAGCAACAGCAGCAGAAGCAACAACAAUAACACCAGCAACAGCAACAGCAGCAGCAGAAACAGCAGCAGCAGCAGCGGCAGAUUUUAUUCGUUUUGAGCAGCUAAUUAUGGGCCAUGAGUUUGCUGUCGCAGUAUUGGCUCUAUGA